CUGAGAUAAGAUGUGAAUCGGAAAAGUGUUAGUUACGAUCGAAUAAGAUAUGUUAAAGAUAAUGAAGUGCUAGAAGUUUUAAUAGUAUUUGAUGAAGUGGAUAAAGAAAGUUUCAGGAAAAUUUAGAUAGAAUUCCUUGAAUAAAUUUAUGAUCCACAUGUUUAAUCAAGAAACAUGACAUUAUAAGUCAGCUCAUGACAAAACACUUCACCCGGUACAUAUGAAGGAUUUCUUGACUAACCAUCUCCGUAUCAUAUCAUCCGAUAAAGCCAACUUACUGCUACCAUUCUUCUCUAAACAUCUCCGUCACCAUUUGAUGCUCCAUCCACCAUCCAUUGUUGCUAGUUUGUUUGCAGCUUUUGAUCAGCUGGGGCUCAACUUUCAACUGGAUGAAAUCCUCCUUCCCAAUCUUCUCCAAAUAGUACCACCUAAACAUACAUUGGUUGCAUCAUUACCCUAGGCUUUCCGCUUCUACUUUCUUCAUAUUCGACGCCAAUACUUGCCACUUACGCCUGAAGGUGCGACAUGAAUAUAGUAUACUAUCUCGCCUCCUGUAAUGACUGUAUAUGGAUAUUCUCGAGAGACAAACGAUCAAACUCCUGAACUCCCUAUGGAAAUAUAUAACUUAGGAUGUUACUGAAGAUCAAUCAACUCCCUCUUCCACUGCUUUAGACUCGCUCUUAGUUCAGUUGAAAAUCGUUGAUAUAUGGCAACGAUUUAAUC